AUGAAUUUUGCUAAACUGACUCCAGAAAGUGAUGAUUUAAUUAGUUUCAAGUUUGAUAAGCUAAAGGUACUUCAAGCGGAUCCCAUUCCACGCAUCGUCUACUAUGGUGACCUUAACAACAAUCAGCAAAUCAGCUGUUCUAGAGUCAGCUGUCAGUUGAGUUUAGUGAGAGAGUGCGAGUGGAAGAUCAUCAUACACACUGCUGGGAUGGCGGCAGACCUCAAGUGUGAGCCGAUAACAGAUGAGUUGUCCCUGGAGCUACAACGCCACUGCCAGGGAGCAAUGCCAGCCGGAGAAGUCAGACUGGGAGAUACAGUCACAACAAAGGCCUUCAGCGAGUGUGUCAGACAAAUACUUGAUCUGGAGGUUAGAGAAGAUGACAUUUGGGUCAUUUCCUUCCCGAAAUGUGGAACUACGUGGACGCAAGAAAUAAUAUGGCUUUUAAAAAACAAUUUUGAUUUUGAAACAGCCAAGGCAACAUAUCUUUACCAAAGAUUUCCAUUCUUAGAGUACAAACCUCUUUGGGGAGCAAAUUCCCAAGAGAUACCUGAUUUAAUUGAACACGUUAACAAUUUAGAAUCACCAAGGUUCAUCAAAACUCAUUUACCAGUCAACCUUCUUCCAAAACAAAUAUGGACAAAAAAACCAAAAAUCAUAUAUGUAGCAAGGAAUCCCAAAGACGCAGCAAUUUCAUACUUCCAUCACUUUCGGCUUUGGAACAACUACACAGGAUCUCAAGAUUUGUUCCUAAAAGCUUUUGUUGAAGACAAAGUUGUCUUCAGUCCAUUCUGGGAGCAUGUCCUAUCUUACUGGAAACUCAGGGACGAACCUAAUGUUCUCUUCAACACCUUUGAGGACAUGAAAAAGGAUUUGUUGCCAGUCAUGAAGCGAACAGCAGACUUCCUGGGUGUGUCAUACAACAACGAACAAGAGACAACCAUGCUGCACCAUCUGAGUUUUGCCAGCAUGAAAAACAACAAAUCGGUGAACUUUGAUGAAGACAUCCGUCAAAUUGAGCAGAAGGAAGGAAGAACUGGACUGACCUUUAUGAGACAAGGGGAAAGUGGAGCUUGGAAGAAGAUACUAACACCAGAACAGGAUAAGGCUUUCCAGCAAUGGACGGAGAAGAAACUAAAAGGCACAGGUUAUCCAUCGCCUAACUGAAAAACAGCGUGAAGAAACUGUUUUUUAAAGUGAUUAGGUACUAAAUUUCAAGGAUUUUUGUUAGAAAAGCAGGUUGAUGAAUAGGAAAUAGUCCAUCUUUGUACCUAAUGAAGUGCCCAUGCCCAAUAAUUAGAUUAUGAUUAUAGUCCAGCAUAAAUGAUUUCCAACUCAAACCUUCCUUGAUUAAAAAGCUUAAAAGCUAUCAGUGACAUUUUAAUAAUUAUCAUGUUUAUAGAGUUGGGUUCUGGUGUUUCUUGUACCUGAAUGGACUAUUUCUCAUUCACAUCAGUCUACUAUAAAAAAACCCUUAUUCAAAGAAAAUGGUUAUCUAUCAUAGUCUGUAUGACGUAACCUAUCUCCUGGCACUCCGUCUACUUGGGACUGACCCUAGCCUGAAACCAUUGGUUGGGAGACAGGUUACACCAUACAGAGUAUAUUGAUUGUUGAUUUGAUUUGGUGAGUUACCAAGCUUAUCAGACUGUAUUGAUUGAUAAAGACGUGUUCAGGCACAUUCAUUUGCUUUCAGACUUUGGUUUUAUUGCACCUUUUGGUUGAAAAUAUUUUGCACACCGCAACUUGAAGUGUUUCAAAAAGAGAAGACUUUGACAACGUUGAUGACAACAGGAUGUCAUUGAUGAUAACACUGUUAAAAUGUGAUACUCUAGAUAAAUUUAGGAGAAAAUUAUUUAGUUACUUUUUAAGCAUAAUGAAGAGAAGUUGAAACUGUAAAUUGCAACGUAAUUAGUGAUUACAGUCAGUUUGUACAUUAUUAGAGAUGUUAUUUACAAUUUGUAAGUUACAUAAAUAUUAUUAAAAAAAUUUUCUUUUAAUCUGAAUUUGAUUCUAAAUUAAUCAUGGAAAAUAUUGGCUGUUAUUAGUACUAGUCUUAUUGAAAUUAUUGUAAUUAUUUAACCGUAUAAGUGCCUUAAAAAUGUAUUUGAAAAAUAUAUUUUAGUAAUCUCAGCAUUUGUUUACUUUUAAAGUGUAAUUCAAAACUUCAUGUAUCUGCACUUACUACAAAAUAAAGAGAUAACACACUAUCUUUGUAUUGACGAUUUAUUCUAUGUUUUGCCAAUAUUUAUUUUGCUGCUAUUUUAUAGGUUAUCCUUUUGUUUCAACCAUUGUCUCUAUAAAAUAAAAAUGUAUAUUUAUUUAGCAAUGUCAAUUUGUUUUUUAUCUGAUGUCAUCCCAACAAAAUUUUACUAUUUGUAGACCUGUUUUAUAAGCAAUAUUGGUCAUCAUCAUCCAUCUAUAUAUUAAUAGGCAAGCAUGUUUCUUUAAAACCUUUUUUCUCAGCUUGUGUGCAUCGCAGGGAAAACCUAUGCAUACUGUUAGAAAGAUAUUUUUUUGCAGAAGUGCAGAAUUCCUUUAUAAAUUAAAAUAGGCUCAAAAAUAAGCACAA